GCUUCUUUGACGCAGCCCCGUGCGCUGCGUAGAACACUAAAACAUCCAACUGAAUGUUGAGGGGAUGGGGUUGUAUCUGUUGCAGACAGUAUGCACGCUUGUUGUUACAGUGUUGAAAAUGAUGAAGCAAGCUCUACCGUAUGCUGUUAGACAUGGUCGCAGACUUCCAUACACCACCGAAAGGCGUACGUUUGCUACCUCGUCUCGACAUCAGGCACCCGUGAUGGCUACCGCAGUCACUGUGCAUCGACCACUGGACCUUUCCUAGCUAGCGUCACCGGUCAUUCUGGCUGCCAGCUUGGUCCGCUUCUGUGUGGUACGGCACACAUUUUUCAUACACUCCUUGGAACCAUAGGAGCCCAGGUGGGCCCAGUCCCCCAGGGCAGAAAACAGGAGGCCAGGCGUGGAGAGACCAGGAGGGGGAGACCAGGGGUAAAUCCGGCAGACAACCAUGGAGCUGAGAGAGAAGAAGCCCAACAAAUGGUGGACGGAGUCAGACACGUUCGCCAUGCUGAAUCUGAUCCAACAGCUGGACCUUGUUCACGAGCUGGACAAGAAACGCCAGCGCAACUACUCUCACUUCCGGCGUCUCCGUAGCAACCUGGCCAGGCGGGACAUCAUGUUCACUGUCAACCAGAUACGCAACCGCUGGAAGAGCCUCAAGCACAAGUACCGCAAGAUCAAGAUGGCGGGCUAUCGAUCACCAGCGGCGAGGCUGGCCGCCAUAGAGUCCUUUCGCUACUUCCGGCUGUUGGACCGCAUGCUUGCCCGGAAGCCUCGCACAUCAGGUCCUGACCUAGAAACAGGCUCAACAGAGGGGCACACUGAGGUGGAGAGGACCCCCUCAGACCUGGAGGACCCUACUGAUGAUGGAACAGGUGACUACAUGCCUUCCUGGCAGAGCUCCAUGGCUCCUCCACUAGAGGGCGACAGCGACAACCCCAGGGCCAGUCCUGAUGAGUGCCAGGCCAGCCCCGGGGCACCAGCCUGGGGGCUACACCCUCCAGAAGAGGCCUGGGGGGGCCCUGGCCAGCAGAGCCCCAGCCUUGGAGUCCCUCGCUGGGAAGAGCAUGGCUCUGAUGAGGUGAUGACCCUGGGGGAGUCCGGGGAGUAUCUGUAUCCAGUGAAGACAGAGCCACAGACUCCCCCCUGCUUGGCUGGAGGGGAACUGGGCAGUGAGCAUGCUAGCUUCAGCCCAGGCAUGCCUGCUGGCACUUGUGAGGACAGCCCCAGUCUGGUGCUGCAGCAGCUGAGCAUGUUGAACCAGCAGGUGGCGCUACAGCGAGCGGAGCAGCGGGCCUUCCACUGCAGCCUGCUGGGUCUACUGGACCGCCAGACACACCUUCUGGAGCAGCUGUCUAACAACACGACACAGGCCUCCAAACGCUGCCCUGACAGCUACACCCACCAGUCACCCAGCGACUCCACCCACCAGUCACCCAGCAGCCCUAUCAAACCAGACCCUGACAGGAAUGACUCCUCCAGCAAACAGGCCUUUCCAUCCCGGCAGGCCAUAACGACCUCGUUCUUGCAGAAUGACCCCCCAAAUAAACAGAUGGACCUUUUGGGGCAGGCUGAGCCUGUGUUACAGACAGACCCAUCCACCAUGGUGCUGCAGGUCCACAGCGCCUUGGUCCAGAUCCUAAGAGGGGUGGAGCAGGUCCAGACCCAGAGACAGCAGCCCUGCUCAUGCAAGACCUCUCCGUCACAGCCCCCCUCCCUGGUUCCUUCCCCCUCCCAGCCUUCUUCACAGCCCACAUCCCCCUCCAAGCCUCCCUCAGAAACCCCUGCCCCACCUCCCCCCUGCAAGACCUCGCCCUCCAAACCUCCCUCCUGACAGACUUCCCCCUUCCCAGAGCCUCGAUAGACCAGCUGUCUGAUUGGUGUUUAAGGAACCAGUUACAUAUACAACAGAGCCCUCCUGCCCUCUGGUGGUGGGAGGACUGAACUGACACCAGAGACCCAUCCAAGGACUGUGUAUGAGUUGGGGAGACCUCAACACCCCUUCCAGCUGUUGUAAUAAUGUCAUUAGUCAAUAGACCUUUGUUUUGUUGGCUAUUUGCUGGUUUGCUGAUGGACUGGUUGUGUGGCGCUGGUCAGUGAGUGUAACGCUGUUAUGUCAUGGACUAAUAAAGCACAUGGAAUAUGUAGGCUUUAAUAGAAUAAGCCACCGGCUUGAUUGUGAUUGUACUACAGAAUAACCUUAUAGUCUGACGUGAAAAUAUUUAUUUGCAUUUUGGAAUUAAAAAUGAUGAAAAACGUG